AUGUCGCUCAACGAUCAUAUGUUUACUGGACCUACAUUACAAUCGGAUUUACCCCUAAUUCUACUGAUUUGGAGGUUAUACAGAUACGCAUUCACAUCCGAGAUUGUUAAGAUGUACCGACAAAUCUUAGUGAAUUUACUUGACGUUUGGUGUCAGUGCAUACUAUGGCGCCACAACCUCAAUGCAUUGCUCGAAGAACACUGUCUCUUAACUGUUACGUACGGCACUCGAAGUACACCUUUCUUAGCAUUACGCGUCUUACCGCAAUUCAUUGAAGACGAAGGCAACGCUUUUCCUGUCGCACCAGACGCUUUAAAAUACGACAAACUUUUUGUCGAUAUUUUAUUUGGCGCUCACGAUAAAGCGUAUGCUAUGAUUAAACGCAAACAGUUAAUUGAUCUUUUAGCCGAAGGUAAACUUUAG